AUGCGCAGCGACUAUGUGAGCACGAUCUGUCCGCUUCUCUUCCGCUUCGUCCUGCAUCCCGACCCUGCGAUCUCGCAAGCCGCCUGCUAUGGUCUCGGAGUGUGCGCUAAGUUGACUUCACCGGAGACGGACAAGGAGACGAGCGAUGCCCUCUGCCAGGGCUUCGCCACGUUGCAGCAGGCCACCAUCAAGUGGCACGCCCGAGCACAACGGUCGCGAGAGGACACGGGCGACUCCAAGACACCUGAGCAAUGGGUGUGCGACAACACCCUGAGCGCGCAGGCCAAGGUCUUCUGCAAGCACUACUACAACAUGCCUAAUCUCACCGGAGCAAUCGACGCGUGGUUGGAGUAUCUGCCUUUGCGAGCAGAUACCCUGGAGAUGGUGGAGGUACUCGAAAUACUCUGUGGCUUCAUCCGAAGUGAGAACCCGCACGUGCGAAUUUUCAUCACGAGCAGACGUAUGACGGUGGCGCGGGCGCUGGUGGUGCAGCUGCGCAAGUUCAAUCGCAUGGUGAAGGUCGCCGAUCACAUCGAGAGGCUCGUGCCCCUCCUGCCCUUCAUCAACCAGUACAUCCAGCAGACUCUGGGCUAG